UGAGCCCCUGGCAAGGUCAUGAAGCUUGUAAGGAAGGACAUCGAGAAGGACAAUGCGGGCCAGGUCACCCUCGUCCCCGAGGAGCCCGAGGACAUGUGGCACACCUACAAUCUAGUGCAGGUGGGCGAUAGCCUGCGCGCCUCCACCAUCCGCAAGGUCCAGACCGAGUCCUCCACGGGCAGCGUGGGGAGCAACCGUGUCCGCACCACCCUCACCCUCUGCGUGGAGGCCAUCGACUUUGACUCUCAAGCCUGCCAGCUGCGGGUGAAGGGGACCAAUAUCCAAGAGAAUGAGUACGUCAAGAUGGGGGCUUACCACACCAUCGAACUGGAGCCCAACCGCCAGUUCACCCUGGCCAAGAAACAGUGGGACAGUGUGGUUCUGGAACGCAUCGAGCAGGCUUGUGACCCAGCUUGGAGCGCUGAUGUGGCAGCCGUGGUCAUGCAGGAGGGCCUCGCCCACGUCUGCUUAGUCACGCCCAGUAUGACCCUCACCCGUGCCAAGGUGGAGGUGAACAUCCCCAGGAAACGGAAAGGCAACUGCGCCCAGCAUGACCGGGCCCUGGAGAGGUUCUAUGAACAGGUGGUCCAGGCCAUCCAGCGCCACAUAAACUUUGAUGUUGUCAAGUGCGUCCUCGUGGCCAGCCCAGGAUUUGUGCGAGAGCAGUUCUGCGACUACAUGUUUCAGCAAGCGGUCAAGACGGACAACAAAGUGCUCCUGGAAAACCGGUCCAAAUUCCUGCAGGUACACGCCUCCUCUGGACACAAGUACUCCCUGAAAGAGGCCCUUUGUGACCCUACUGUAGCUAGCCGCCUUUCAGACACGAAAGCUGCCGGGGAAGUGAAAGCCUUGGACGACUUCUAUAAAAUGUUACAGCAUGAACCUGACCGAGCUUUCUACGGACUCAAGCAGGUGGAGAGGGCCAACGAAGCCUUGGCGAUUGACACGUUGCUCAUCAGUGAUGAGCUCUUCCGGCAUCAGGAUGUGGCCACCCGGAGCCGGUAUGUCAGGCUGGUGGACAGUGUGAAGGAUAACGCAGGCACCGUCCGGAUAUUCUCUAGUCUCCACGUGUCUGGGGAACAGCUUGGCCAGUUGACUGGAGUAGCUGCCAUUCUCCGCUUCCCAGUGCCGGAACUUUCUGACCAAGAGGAUGAUUCAAGUUCUGAAGAGGAUUAAGACUGACCUUUAAUAGUUGCUUCUUCUCUCUUACUUUUUUUUUUUUCUUGGCAUCCCUUGACAGGUGCAAGACAGGCACUUGUUGAUCGUGCUGAGAUUUCUUGCGUGUUGGUCACACUAGGUGUUUUCUGGAUGGCAGGACAUGUAUUUAAAUGAAAUAAACCAAAAGAAAAGAAUGUCCAAG